AGAAAGGCGUUAGUCGUUCCACAGCGCUGAUCGAGUUUAAAACUAUUCCGCUGCACGGAGAGCACAGAGCGGAAGCCAAAGUAAAAACUUAACGUAACGAAAAAACACACAUCCGAAAGCUUUCAGCGUCCAGUGGUUAAAGAAAAUCCGUACUGCGGCGCGUUCAAACCCGAAGCGAUAAAUGUUGAAAAUUUGAUGCAGAAACAAAGAAAUCGAUGAGUGUGUGCUGCCAAGUGGUGCGUGUGUGCGGUGUGUGUGGUGUGGUGUGGUGUGGUGUGGAAUGGAAUGCCAACCGACAAGUUGUAAAGGGAAACCCUGAAAUCUGAACAGCCGCCAGCCAGCGGCAAACAAAACUGUGAAUACGAAACAAAUGCACGCAGCAGAUACUGCCAAAGAGAUACAGAUACAUCUCUUGUCUCUCGCGUGUGAAGUGCGACAACAAUAAAAACAAACAAACAAAAAAAAAACCAGCAGAAACAACACUAAAUCUGCAUAAACAAUUGAGUCUCUCCUUGGAAAAAAUGUGGAUUACAGCUACGACACGGCCCCGAUGCCGCGGCGAGUGCUCGGACAAAUGGCAAACGGGAAGAAAGUAACUGAAUCCGAAUGACAAGUGUAUCUGCCAGAUACUCACUGGGGAGAGUGUCAUGUGCCGCGGCAUUCCGACCACAGCAACAACACGAAGCACAAACACCCAGCGCCUGGAGUGCGGCAAUACAAUUUUCAACAAGAACUUGAUCUACUUCAUCUACAAUUAUCGCAAGCGAAAAACCAAAACCAAACCAAACGGAGAUACAGUAGCCGAAACACGCACGCCACCAAAACCGAAACCGAAACAGAAACAGAAACAGCAACAGAUACAGAUACACAGUUACAGGUACAGAUGCAGAUACAGAUACAGAGCGAGUGAGAGUGAGAGUGAGAGAAGUCCCUAUCAGAUAUUUACACAAACGUGAUUUAUUUGAAAAGCGAAACGAGAGGCACAACAACAGUACUGAACGGAAGCCUCAAGUGCCAUAAACAUCUGUAAAUUGUGCAAAUAUAUCGGAGUGUAACCAAAAGCCGCACGGCGCGAUAACGCACUCGCACUCACAGUCGCAGUGGCCGUCGCAGACGUCAUAAAUUCAGUGGAACGAAAGGUGUCAGCCCAGCCUAUAGACAGACCACGACAAGACCCCGACCGACGAGACAGUUGGUCGCUUUUAUUUUGCUUGCUUUUCGGGCAAUCCAUCAAUAUCUCUCUCUCUCUAUAUACAAACGGCGCUCAAAUUAACGACUAAACACAUGUCGUAUAAAUACCCACAGAAACGGGCCCACAAAGAUCCAAUAUCAAGCGAUAUCAUUCAACCAUAGGAAACUUUAUAAGACUGAGAGUUGCAAGCGACCAUGCGCGCAUGGAUUCUACUCCUCGCAGUGCUGGCGACUUCUCAACCGAUCGUUCAAGUUGCUAGCACCGAGGAUACGAGUAUAUCCCAGAGAUUCAUCGCAGCCAUAGCGCCUACCCGCACUGAGCCAUCAGCAGCAGCAGCAGCAGCGGCUGCGGCAGUCACAGCAACAGCACCGGCACCGGCAACGGCAACAGCAACAACAGCAUUAGCAAAAGCAUUUAAUCCCUUUAACGAAUUGCUCUACAAAAGCAGUGAUAGUGAUAGUGAUAACAACAACAACAACAACAAAAACCGCAACAACCUAAAUAAAGGCCCAAGGAAUAACAAAAACAAGGGCAAUAAACAUAGCAAAAGUGACGCGAAUCGACAGUUCAACGAAGUGCAUAAGCCAAGAACAGACCAAUUAGAAAAUUCCAAAAAUAAACCUAAACAAUUAGUUAAUAAAUCCAACAAAAUGGCUGUCAAGGAUCAGAAGCAUCAUCAGCCGCAACAGCAGCCGCAACAGCAGCAGCAACAUCACAAGCCAGCGACUACGACUGCGCUAACAUCCACAGAAUCUCAUCAAUCCCCGAUUGAAACAAUCUUCGUGGAUGAUCCCGCCCUGGCCCUGGAGGAGGAGGUGGCCUCCAUCAAUGUCCCCGCCAACGCAGGGGCCAUCAUCGAGGAGCUGGAGCCGUCGACCUAUAGCAAAAAAGAGCUCAUUAAGGAUAAACUGAAACCAGAUCCCUCAACUCUAGUCGAGAUAGAGAACAGCCUUCUGUCGCUGUUCAACAUGAAGCGGCCGCCCAAGAUCGAUCGCUCCAAGAUCAUCAUACCCGAGGCCAUGAAGAAGCUCUACGCGGAGAUCAUGGGCCACGAACUGGACUCGGUGAACAUACCCAGGCCAGGACUGCUGACCAAAUCAGCAAACACAGUGAGGAGUUUUACACACAAAGAUAGUAAAAUCGACGACAGAUUUCCUCAUCAUCAUCGGUUUCGGUUGCACUUCGACGUGAAGAGCAUACCCGCCGAGGAGAAGCUGAAGGCCGCCGAGCUGCAGCUGACCCGGGACGCGCUUGCGCAGGCGGCGGUGGCUUCCACGUCGGCGAACCGGACACGGUACCAAGUGCUCGUCUACGACAUCACGCGGGUGGGUGUCCGGGGACAGCGGGAGCCGAGCUAUCUGCUGCUCGACACGAAGACAGUGCGUCUGAACAGCACCGACACGGUGAGCUUGGACGUGCAACCUGCCGUGGAUCGGUGGCUGGCUACACCGCAAAAGAACUACGGCCUGCUGGUGGAGGUGCGGACGAUGCGCUCGCUCAAGCCGGCGCCCCACCAUCAUGUUCGCUUGCGCCGCAGCGCGGACGAAGCGCACGAGCAGUGGCAGCACAAGCAGCCGCUACUGUUCGCCUACACGGACGAUGGGCGGCACAAGGCGCGCUCGAUACGGGACGUGAGUGGGGGCGGCGGUGGCGGGGAGGGUGGCAAGGGAAACGGAGGCGGCAGGAAUCGGCGGCACCAACGGAGGCCGGCGAGGCGCAAGAACCACGAGGAGACCUGCCGUCGGCACUCGCUCUACGUGGACUUUGCGGACGUGGGCUGGGACGAUUGGAUUGUGGCGCCACCGGGGUACGAUGCGUACUACUGCCAUGGCAAGUGCCCCUUCCCGCUGGCCGAUCACUUCAACUCGACGAACCACGCGGUGGUGCAAACCUUAGUCAAUAAUCUCAAUCCAGGGAAGGUACCAAAGGCCUGCUGCGUGCCCACGCAGCUGGACAGCGUCGCCAUGCUCUAUCUCAAUGACCAAAGUACAGUUGUGCUCAAGAACUAUCAGGAGAUGACAGUGGUGGGCUGUGGCUGUCGAUAGAUUCGAUCGAGCCACUGUAGACAGAGCCGAGUGUAAAAAGAGAGACCAAUCGAAUGAAUCGAAUGAAUCGACAGUCGAUAGUCGAGAGUCGAGAGAUCGCGAGCGAGAGAGCAUCAAAUGCUGUUUGGUUCCAAGCCGUCAAUGCUUUAAACACAACGCAAACAAAAUGGACUGAAUAUUUGAAUUUUAAGUGUAAAUCGUUAGACUUUAAUUGUAUGAGUAUAAACAUAUGGAUGCAGCCGAUACCCCACGCCCCCCCCGCCCUAUCGCGCCACCUUGGAGAGGAGACUCUGUCAGUUUCCACAGCUAGGCUUUGGAAAACCCUUGAUCAGAGCAGAUCCCAGCGAGAGAGCAGAGUCAACUGUAAAUAGCCGCCAAUCCCAGCCACCAGCCACCGACCACCGGAUAGCCAUCGAGGAUACAGGAGCUGCUGAGGAGAAAAACAAAGUGAACAAAUUGUAUAAAAAUGCUAAAAUAUAACUAUUAUCUGUACGAGUACGAGAACGAGGAGGAGAACUUUUCUACUAGCCUUUUUUUUUGUUAAUAAUUUUAUAAUGAAAAAAUCACUUGUAAAUUUACUAGAGCACUCAAGCGAUAAUAUAAUCGAUGGAAAAUUACUUGAAAUUAUUUAGGAAAUACCAACCCGAUAUGCACCCACACACACACACACACACACACACACACACAAACAUACAAUAACUGUCUCUUGUAUAUGUUCUGUUCUAAAUCCUUAUAUAUCACACUCACCCACACACAAACAUAAAUAAAUCUACGAAACGGUAUUCAAACUUCGUUCCGAAUCCAAACUAAACGUAACUGUAAAAUAAAAACAAGAUGGAAAAUUCUAAACUAAAAAAACUAUACUCUAUGAAUAUACAUAUAAAUAUUUACAUCGUUAUGCGUUCUAAGCUAAGCUCGAAUAAAUCCGUAAACGUUAAUUAAUGUAGCCAUAUAAGAUUGAACAGUUAAGCUCAGCAUGUUGGAUAAAUUAGUAGAAACGAAACGGAAAACCACAAAAAAAAAAA